AUGAAAAAAUUUAAAUUCCCCACCGAAAUCACCGUGGCUUCUCUUGAAUUCCCACCCUUUUUCGAAUUCCCAAGUGGUAAAAAUUUUGAUACAAAACCAAGAGGCUCAGAAGGUAAACUUCUUCAACUUUUGUCGGAAGCAUUGAAUUUCACAUACAAAUUGAUAACUCCUCCUGAUCACCUUUGGGGUAGUCGCUCACCCAAUGGAACCUGGAGUGGAUUAGUUGGCCUGGUAAGUAAGGGUGAGGCGGAUAUGGCAUUAUGCUCUUUAGGUAUUACCAAUGAAAGAAAAGAGGUCGUGGACUUCAGCGAACCGUAUAUUUUUCAAGAACGGACAUUUGCUACUAAUUUUCCCAAGGUGUUACCCAAAAUAUAUACUUAUACCUAUCCUUUUGAUAUGAAGACUUGGUGUGGGAUUCUGAUUGCUUUAUUACUUGUUUCAUUCUUAUUGAAGUGGUUCAAGCUAGCAAAAUUCAGCUAUAUGUUCACGCUUCUUUCAGUGCUUGGAAAUCUUUGCAGUAGAAGUACUGAUGAAGGAGAAUUCGAGAGAAGCGUCUUAUUGGUCAGUUGGUGGACAUUUUCUUUUAUUGUUUCAUCCAGCUAUGCCGCUGUACUUGCUUCAGUGUUAGCCCUACCAGUUUAUGACAAUUCACCGAAAAAUCUAGAUGAGCUUGCAGAAUUUCUGAAACAAAAAAGAUAUCGGGUGGUUAUUGUGAAAGAUACGUCUUUCCUCAUCAAUAUGCUUAAAAAUCAAAGAGAAAACGUAGUGUAUAUUGCUGAAACAAUGGAGAAAAACAAUUGGUUUGUUUCAAUGGAGAAAUAUAUAGAUGAGAGCAGUUUCGAUGACAAUACAGCUGUCUUGGGGACUGGCUUGUUUUUUAACUUCAAAUUCGGAAAGGCACCUUUAUCUACAAAAUUUAUUUCUGAUGAUAUCACAGAGGUGGUAAAAGUAGGCCUGAUUAUAAACAAACACUUUUGUUGCAAAGAAGCUUUAGAUACUGCCGUUACGAAAAUUGUAAGAAGUGGCUUAUAUCAACAAAUCGUUAAUUUUGAGAUUUACAAAGCUUGGUUACGUGCUGCAAACAGUAGCUUAAAACAUGAUGAAAACUUUUCUUUUGUUAUAGAAGAUGUUUUAGGUCCUUUUAUUGUGCUUUUAUUUGGAUAUUCUCUUUCUGUUGUUGUAUUUUUAUCUGAAAUUCUGUUAUAUCACUCCUAUUAUAAACAGUUUAUUAGAUCGUAA